CACUGGGUUUUUCUGGGCUUGAGGUGCCACUUGUAUGUGUGUCUCUCAGUCGAUGAUGAGGAUAUCAGAACCGAUUCUGGACAUGGACGUGGGAAAUUACAGUGAAGUUUUGGACCCAAAUUAUACCACUUUGGAAUUUGAAACGAUGCAGAUUUUAUAUAAUUCAAAUGAUAGUUCUGCCCCCGAGACAACAAGUAUGAAUACCACAGACAACGGUGUGGGUGUCAACUGUCUGUGUGCGAUAUGUGGGGACAGAGCAACAGGAAAACACUAUGGGGCAUCGAGCUGUGACGGGUGCAAGGGCUUCUUUCGACGCAGCAUACGCAAGAGUCAUGUUUAUUCCUGCAGGUUCAGUCGCCAAUGUGUUGUUGACAAGGACAAAAGGAAUCAAUGUAGAUACUGUCGAUUAAGAAAGUGUUUUCGAGCAGGAAUGAAAAAAGAAGCUGUGCAAAAUGAACGUGAUAGAAUAAGCACCAGAAGAAGCACAUUCGAUGGCAGCAAUAUCCCCUCCAUAAACACACUGUCACAAGCUGAAAUUCGGUCUCGCCAGAUCUCAGCCUCAAGCCCUGGGGUCAGCACUGACAUAAAUGUUAAGAAAAUUGCAAGUAUUGGUGAUGUCUGCGAAUCUAUGAAACAGCAGCUUUUAGUCUUGGUGGAAUGGGCUAAAUAUAUUCCUGCCUUCUGUGAGUUACCACUGGAUGACCAGGUGGCCCUGUUGAGAGCUCAUGCAGGGGAGCACUUACUGCUUGGAGCUACGAAAAGAUCCAUGAUGUAUAAAGAUAUUUUGCUUUUGGGCAACAACUACGUCAUUCACAGAAACAGCUGUGAAGUCGAGAUCAGCCGUGUGGCCAAUCGGGUUCUCGAUGAGCUUGUCCGACCAUUUCAAGAAAUCCAGAUUGAUGACAAUGAGUAUGCUUGCUUGAAGGCAAUUGUAUUUUUUGACCCAGAUGCAAAAGGACUAAGUGACCCAGUAAAAAUUAAGAACAUGCGGUUCCAAGUGCAGAUCAGUCUAGAGGACUACAUCAACGACAGGCAGUAUGACUCCAGGGGCAGGUUUGGGGAGCUGCUCUUGCUCCUGCCCACGCUGCAGAGCAUCACCUGGCAAAUGAUCGAGCAAAUACAAUUUGUGAAGCUUUUUGGAAUGGUUAAAAUUGACAACCUGCUUCAGGAAAUGCUACUGGGUGGUGCUUCCAAUGAUGGAAAUCAUCUUCAUCAUCCAAUGCACCCACAUUUGUCUCAAGACCCAUUAACUGGACAAACUAUACUUUUAAGUCCCAUGUCAACAUUGGUUCAUACGGACCAGAUCUCAACUCCUGAAACCCCACUACCUUCACCACCACAAGGCUCUGGACAAGAACAGUACAAAAUAGCUUCAAAUCAAGCUUCAGUUAUUUCACACCAGUCCCUCUCCAAACAAAAGCAAUUGUGAGAAUGUGUUUACUUCCGAAUAGCACUGCACAAAUGUGAAAGGCUUUUGGUCUUGAAAUAUCUCAGGAUAUAACUUUUGGCAAACUCUUAGCCAAGGCUUCUUCAUGGUGCUGUUAUAAAAUGGUAUCCUGUUUUCUUGUUUAUAUGCUUAUUUUGUUUGUCUUUGCUAUGGUGUAAAACUUUCAUAUGCAACCAAUGUACAUUUGAGUUGGAAUUUGUUUAUAUAGUUUCCAACUGCCCCUGCACUGUGCCUGAACUGGUUAAAUCUUAUGUACUACUUUCAUUUUUUUUCAUAAUAUUAAUUUAAAUCUGUAAAUAAUUGCUUUGCUGUGAUGUGAUGCAGAACUAAGUGUUCUUUUUGGCUAAGAACAGAUCAGAAAUCCAAGGUUAAUAUGAAAUGAACCAGUUUUUUUUUUAUAAAUUAUAAACUUGCAGAUUAGAAAAAUAAAGCAGUGACUAUAGAGUAGAGGACAUUUCUUUGAAGAAGAAUCACUACUUAUGGGCAUUCUGUGGCUAACAAGCAUGUCUUUGGUUCACGGUUCUGAAGUUCAGAAUAUUAGAGAAAGCCAUUCUAAGAAUAACUGUAUACUCUUUGAAAUCUAUGUUUGAAGAUGUAGUUUAAGAUAUCAGUUAGAAUAUAAGCUAAACUGUAACAAAGAUGCCCCUAAAACAAUGUUUAAACCAAGAGAGACAUUUAUUUCUCUCUCCUCAAACAAUCUAGCAAUAGUCAUCCAUUGACUAGAAAUUAGCACAAACCUGCACCCAAGGAGGCCAGGGGAAUCCUCUUUGUGUGGGAAGCCUGUUCCAGCUAAUGCUGGAUAUCUCUGGGAGAACUGAACUGGGAGAUAAAUGAGCCAUCUACCAUACAUGUGCCUCAUUUAAUUCUCAUGGUAAGUCUAUAAGAGAGGUAUUACCAUUUCUUUUAAAAAUAAAGAAGCCUUUAGCUUGAGGGUUCAAGGAAUAUAACCAAAGUUCAUAAACCCAAAGAAUAAAAGAUCUACAUGCAAACCCAGCUCUAGUUGACUUCAGUGAUAAUAUAUACCUUACAGCAUGGUAUUUAAAUACACACAACAGAGUUGGGAUUGACCACCAGCGAUGAGUGUGAAAUUGUUGUAACUGAAUGAGAAAUCAUUUGUGUUCUUUUAAUGAGAGCCUUUCCCCUAAAGUGUUGAAGGAAAUUCACAAACAUAUCAGAUAGAUUUUGGUGACAGCAAAAACAAAUUGGAAUUGCCGACUUAGCAGAUUUUCAAAAAUUCAGCAGCUCAGGAAUAUACUGAAUGUUUAAUUCUAGACUGAGGAAUACAGCCCUGAAAAAUUGGUACCAACAGCACAAGUUUAUUUUAAAACGGUUAAGAAUGGGCUCAUGAAGCAGCGACCCCUCUCUCUUCCUGUCUCUCACUACUUGCUUGCUGAAGUAGGGAAAACUGGUUGAGUGAUUAUCAACUAUAUAUACAAAGAAAUAAAAAAAAAAAAGAGUAUUCCAAA